AAUGCCUCAUCUCUUUUCUGACCAACAUGUUAAUGAAUUAAAAGACUUAUUCGAAAUAAAAAUUUCAGAAGGUUUAAAGUUGGAAAGAUGUUUGUCUAAGGAUGCAGUUUAUCUUGAUACUUUAAGAAUAAGAAAUGACUUUGAGCAGCAUUUUUAUGAAAAGACAAUUGAACGUUUCAAUAAAAUUCAACAGCUAAGGGAACAAACCUUCGGAAAAUGUGGAAAAAUAUUUUUACAAUGUUCUAUUGAAAGACACAGCACGAAAUGUCUAUUUCGCUUGUUCGGGUGUUGUACAAAUUUGGGUGAGAAUCAUAGAACAAGUUACCUCAUCGAGGUUGAGGUUAAAGAACCAAAACAAAUAACGUACGAGUACUUGAUGAGCCUGCUCGAUAGGGAAAACAUCACUCUCAACGUAGUAGGUAUCUCUACGUUUGGCGAUAGAGAUUUGGAUUUUGAUACUCAUCACUUUCCAAAGGUUGAUGUAAUUGUCCCUCUUAGUUGCUGCUUAAUGAGGGACAUUGAUAAAAACCCGUUUGGAAAUGUUUUAGAAACACUCUACGUAUAUGCAAAGAGGGAAUUAAACAUACCCGAACCACAGCCCUCUCCAGGACAUCGAUACUACAUUCAGGAAUUGGGUAACUAUCUGACACAAAUUCUGGCUAGCAUUGAUUCAGUCACUACUACACUAAUCAAAAAAUAUAUGGGUCUGAUUGAGAUCUUGAUAAGCAUAUCACACGUCUAUACUGAAGCCUAUAGACAAAAUAAGUUGGGAUAUUUUGUGGAGAAUAUACCAAAUAUCCGUCAACAAUUGACAACGCAAAACGGGUAUUUUGAGGAGACACUGCAAUUUUUGUCUGAUGAAAACUGGGGGAUGUACGAAGAAUUAUGCAGAACAUAUCCAUGGUUGCCAUUUCGACCUCCGUACAUGAAUAGAGAUCGAGCAAUAAAUCUAAUGUCGUUCAACAGUCCGGAAGAGUUCAAAUUAACCGAACAGUAUUUUUUCUCAGAUCUCUCGGCCAACGAACAAUAA